AUGCCCGCUGACUCUGUCUCAGAGGAUCACCAUCAGGGCUUCCUCAUCCGAGGUAAAAUGUUCUACCAUCCGUCGCUCUUUCAUAUGGCGCCAACAUAUGACAGAAUCGUUCCUUUGACCAUAGCUGAUGUAGUAAGGUCCAAGAACGUGUUGCAAGUAUAUGGCGUGACCGGCAUUGCCGAGUAUAACCAGGGAUAUGUUAUUGUGAAUAACUAUCCUAUUAAGGAGUUGAAGAUCGCAGGAAGAUUGCUCUCGUACGCGUAUAAUUCAUACGAUGUGGGAAACAUUAAGAGUCCUAACAAUUUUUACUUGCUUAAUCUCGAUGACUGCUCGGGGGACUCACUGCUAAUGCGUGUUAAGAUUUUGGAAUCGAAAACUACAUUCUCAUUACGGGAUCUUGACGAAGAUCUAUUGGUAGAGGUGACAGGUACCGUACAAUAUGUACACGAUUUUGGAAAGCAGGUUAAAGGUGCAUCAGCGAGAAUUAUAGGAUCAUCGACUGAUCUCGACGUUGAGAUUGCAUGGUGGUCUCAAGUGUUGCACACUAGAAGAUAUCUUAAACAUCCAUGGAGAUACCACCAUCCUCGAAGAGAAGGAAAUUUAGGAAAUGAACCCGAGAUAUUAGAUGUGGAAGCAAGCUUCAGAGAGAGUAUUGUUAGCUAUCCAAACCUAACACCACAUACAGCGACUGCAUUUGAAGAACUUGUUUCCGAGCUCCCUUCUGACGUAACUCUAUUGGAUAGUUUCACACUAGACAGAUCGAGACUCAAGAACAAGGCAAAACAGAACCAACCGGAGCAAAGAUCACCAGUGGAGUUUAUUGACUUGUCUGUGUCUGACGAUGAAGUCAAUUCCGAGGAUUCUGGCUACAACGACCCUGACUACACGGCUGCAACACACCCAAAUCUACCGAUCAUAAAGUCCUUUCUGCUGGCCAGUCUCUCUCAGGAAUAUCCACAAAAGCAUCAAGAUGAAGACCUCAAUGAAGAUGAUAACCCUACAUCCCCAGACUCCAUAAUUGUUAUCAACUAG